UGCCUGGCAGCCAGCAAGUUUCUGGAACAAAAUCCCUCUCGUAGUUGUGAGCUCAUUAAAUGUCUUCUUCCUUUUCUUAAUCCCAUCGGCUUCAUCACACAGAUAUUUAUUGAUGCUUUCAUUUAUUUUACAGAUAUAUUGAGGCACGUUAUUCUGUUUCAACGAUUAAAGAAACUCAUUGUGAUCUCUUUAGAUUAGAUUAAGUUAGCUGUUAACGAGCUAGCUACGGUCUUCGUUUCACACAGAGAAGGUCCUGCCCAGAAUCACCAUGAAGCUGUACAGUCUGAGUAUCUUGCACAAAUGUUCGACGAAGGCCAACCUGCUUAAAGCGGCAUAUGAUCUAUCAUCAUUUAGUUUCUUUCAGAGAUCCAGCGUACAAGAAUUCAUGACAUUCACAAGCGCCCUGAUUGUUGAACGGUCAGCGUUGGGCACUCGAGCGUCUGUUAAAGAACAAGAGUACUUGUGUCACGUGUACGUGCGGAAUGACAAUCUGAGUGGCGUUGUGAUCGCAGACAACGAAUACCCAUCUAGAGUGUGUUUUACCUUACUGGACAAGGUAUUGGAUGAGUUCUCCAAACAGGUGAGCAGUAUAGACUGGCCUUCUGGGUCAUCUGCCACUAUUCAGUACACAGCACUGGACAGUCACCUGGCUCGAUACCAGAAUCCACGUGAGGCAGACGCUAUGACCAAAGUACAAGCCGAACUGGAUGAAACCAAAAUUAUUCUGCACAACACAAUGGAGUCACUUCUGGAGAGAGGAGAAAAACUGGAUGAUUUAGUCCAGAAGUCUGAACAUCUUGGAAACCAAUCGAAAGCCUUUUAUAAAACGGCACGCAAGCAGAACUCCUGCUGUGAGAUCAUGUGAUCAUCGUGAAUCAGAACGGACUCUCUUUGGCCACCUCUACCUUUAUUUUUUUCAAUUCUUUCUCUCUUUCUCUUGGGCUGGUGCGUCCAGUGUGCACCAAUCAUAGUUAACACACAAAAGGAGCUGAUACGACUUUAUACAAAAAGAGGCUUAGAGGGGGCUGAUUUCCCAUGAUGCACCACACUUACUCUGCCGCCAGUUUUGAUGUUGUUUGAGAACUUUGUUUUCUUCCGAGUUCCUUGAAGGGUCUCGAAAGCACUUGACUGUUCCUCAGGGUCCGACGCAAACAAAAAACUGGACUCUUGUGGAUUAAAGCAUGGAGGGGCUCAAGUUUUUAUGUCCCCGCUGUGCCUUACUUUAGACAGCAGUGUGUUGAUAUUCAGACUGUUCAUCCGCCUUAUAAAUGUAGGACAUUCGGAGUGAAAAUGCUGCAGGUUAAAUUUAGACAUUAUUCAGCUUUGCCUUUGUAGUGUAAAGUGUAAAUGUAGAAUUUCGUCAUGGAUUUAUCAUUUUUGUAAAUGUGAAUCUCUAAUUAACGUGUUGGAUAUUAAUAAGUGUUGGGCGAGGAGCGAGAUACGAUUAAAUGAAAAUCUCAAUAUUGUGCACAGUGCAAGUGACUGACCAAAUUUAAUGUCUCAAAGUGUGUUUCUGUGUACAGUUCUAGUAUUUUGUCUUCAUGUAAAUAAAUAACUGAAUCGUAUUGGCUUUUGGGAUCUUUUUUUGCAGUUCGGCUUUGGACGCUUUCUCACUGGACAUAUGAAACAUUCCUGCAAUAUUUUGAUUUAAACCUGUUAUAAAUAUACCAGCUGGUAGUUCAUAGAGAACUCUUGUGAGACUUGAGAGUAAAAAUGAAGGUUUGAAGUGUGGUCAUGUGUGAAAUCAGCCUCCCUCACCCUAGUGCCGUACAGAUCAUAAGAAUCCCGCUGGAUCUCUCAAAUGCUGUAUUCAAUCUAACAUAGCUUUGCUGCUAACAGCCUUAAAAAUUAUAUGAGAAAUAUACAUGAGAGGGAGAGGAAAAAUCCAGAACAUAAAAUGUUCAAACGCUGAUGUUGUGGUUUUUAUACAUCAUACUACAUGACCGUCUUGUGUAAAUCAUCAGUAAUUGUUUCUAUUACCUGUAUGCCAUAAAUGUACAGUUGGGAUUUUUAAGCACAAGUGUCAGCAGUGUGUUAAUACAGGAAGUUUACAGUGUUAUAUUCUGAAUGAGUAAAUGUGUGCUGACUUGACGCAGCUUCUCUCUGCCCUCAGUAGUGUACGAGUGAAUUCCUAACUGUUAUAUAUCUAGAUGUUGAUAUUGAGCUGCCUUUCCCCGGUCAUUGCCAAAUCAUUACUAUCUCAGUUUAGAUAAACACUGACUCAAGCAUUUAAUGACCAUGCACAUAUUCAUUAAAUGAAAUGUUUAGGAUUAAUAAAAACGUGGCUAACACAAUCAGUUUUUAACCGA